AUGUGUGACCAGCAGAAGCAGCCACAAUUCUUUCCAUCUUGUGUGAAAGGUUCGGGACUGGGGGCUGUGCAAGCUACCAAAGGUGCCUCGGUGAGAGGCCCAGCUCCAAGCCAGACCCAAAUCGUCUCUGUGACAGGCCCCGCACCAGCCUCCGCUCAAACCUAUGUGAAGUACCAAGUUCCAUGCCAGCCUCAAACCUAUGUAAAGUGCCCAGCUCCUUGCCAGACUAAAACUUAUGUGAAAUGCCCAGCUCCCUGCCAGACGUAUGUGAAGUGCCCAGUUCCAUGCCAGACAACCUAUGUGAAGUGCCCAGCUCCCUGCCAGACAUAUGUGAAGUGCCCACCUCCAUGCCAGACGACGUAUGUGAAAUGCCCAGCUCCCUGCCAGACAUAUACAUAUUGCGUCCAGUACCCUUCUCCUUCCCAGAGCUACUACGUUCAAGCUCCUGCAGGUGGCUCAGCCUCCCAGUCCUGUGCCCCGGACCCAUGCUCUGCACCUUGUUCCACCAGCUACUGCUGCCUGGCUCCCCGCACCUUCGGGGUGAGUCCCCUGAGACGCUGGAUCCAGCGGCCCCAGGAUUGCAACACGGGAUCGUCUGGUUGCUGUGAGAGUACUGGGUGCUGCAGUUCUGGAGGCUGCAGUUCUGGAGGCUGUGGCUGUGGGUGUGGCAGCUCUGGGGGCUGUGGCUCCGGCGGGUGCUGCUGUUUGGGAAUUAUCCCCAUGAGGUCCCGAGGUCCUGCAUGCUGUGACGAUGAGGACGACUGCUGUUGUUAA